AGAAUGGCUAAGGCAGCUUUAAGUGGAGGGUGGAUUUUUUUUUUCUCAGUUUGUCUUCUGUUUUCGACUCUGAAAGAAUGUUGUGGCCACUCUUUUUUCUGAUGACUGCUAUUCAUGCUGAACUCUGUCAACCAGAUGCAGAAAAUGCCUUUAAAGUGAGACUUAGCAUCAGAACGGCUCUCGGAGAUAAAGCAUAUGUCUGGGAUACAAAUGAAGAAUAUCUUUUUAGAGCAAUGGUGGCUUUCUCCAUGAGAAAAGUUCCCAACAGAGGAGCAACAGAAAUUUCCCAUGUCCUACUUUGCAAUGUAACCCAGAGGGUGUCAUUCUGGUUUGUGGUUACAGACCCUUCAAAAAAUCAUACUCUUCCUGCUGUUGAAGUACAGUCAGCCAUAAGAAUGAAUAGGAACCGGAUCAAUAAUGCAUUCUCUUUGAAUGACCAUACUCUGGAAUUUUUAAAAAUUCCUUCCACUUUUGCACCACCCAUGGAACCAUCUGUGCCUAUCUGGAUUAUUAUAUUUGGUGUGAUAUUUUGCAUCGUCAUAGUUGCAGUUACACUACUGAUUUUAUCAGGGAUUCGGCAACAUAGAAGGAAUACCAAAGGACCAUCUGGAGUGGAUGAUACAGAAGACAAGUGUGAAAACACAAUUACAGUUGAAAAUGGCAUCCCCUGUGAUCCCCUGGAUACAAAGGGAGGGCACAUUAACGAAGUCUUCUUGACAGAGGAAGAGCGUCUCACCCCUCUCUGAGGGUAACAGUUCUUUCUAUGCAUCUACUAAGCAUCCUAAAAUACCAAGGGCAGAUUCUAUAUUUUAUUUCACCACGCUUUUUUGUGAGAUAUUUUCAAUGUGCUUUAAAGUGAUAGGCAAUGAAUUAUACCCAAAAGACCACUAAAAUCAUAAGGUGUGAGAUUACUCAAAAUAUUUUAGAAUAUUUUUCAGGAAACAGAAUGUAUAAGUAUAAUUGUGAUGUUUGUGGUUACUGAUUUAAGCUUUACUAGAGAGAAAGUCAGAUAUAUAUAUUUCACACUUUGAAGGCCUAAGGAAAAAUAAAUUUUCCAGUGGAUAAUAUCUAUAACAUGUAUAGCAAUCAUUGAAAAUGUAUGUUUUUUGAAUAUUGUUUAUAUUACUCUGCAUAUGACUAAGUUAGAGACAGUAAGAUUGGAAUGAAAAAGCUGGGUGUGUAUCAACAAGUGUAUUACAAGGUGGAAUUUUAUUCUGUUAUAUCAACACUUGUUUGUAUAUUUUUUGAAUUUAAGUCUCUAAUAAGAGAACAAAUCUAUUUGUUGACUAAUUUCAAUUUGUACAAGCCCUAUCUAUGCUAAUUUAAUAAAGUGUUGAUCACCUUC